UGAUAAAUUUAACUUGGAUUUGAGUGGUCCGCACACCUCCCAUGUCAUUGACGACAUGGUGAAGGAGCAGUUCAAGGAGUACCGCGGUGACUUACACAAGUGGUACAAGCGGUGCGUGAGCAACGAGGAGGCCGUACAAUCUGCAUCGCCGCACGUGAUUGAUGAGGACUGGUGGAUACUCUGCGAUAGAUUUUCGUCUGAUUCUUUUCAGAAGAUGAGCAAAAUAAAUUCUGAUAACAGGAAAAAGUUAGAAGUGAACCACGUGGCUGGUUCAAAGUCAUUUGUACGACUUCGUCACGAUAUGCGAGAUUCUAUCACUAGCCAGGAGCCCGGACCAGUAGACCUCUACAGAGGAACUCACUGUCGGCAGGCGAUGGGAUCUUGGGUACAUCCUAGAGCCAGCGAGAAUUGGGCGACGAUAGAGACCUUACGUAGUUAGCCCACUCCCGAUGGUACUCAGCGGAGUGAGCCAGAGGUCCUGAGUCAGGUGCUCUGUACCUGUUCUGGAUAUGUGCGUGGGCUUGGCCAUGGUGCCAAGCUCAUGACACCCGCUACAGCUGCCUCUAACUAAUCCAUUGUCGUUGGCGACAGCGCCAUACGCCGAGCUGAUAUCACAGAGAGAAAGAGAGAGAGGUUGAGCAGCUACGGGUCGUCGUCCAUGACAUCAGAGAGUAACUAGAGAGGCAGAGUGAGCAGUUGGAGAGGCAUAAGGAGGAGUAGGCGACGCAGAGGGAGGAGCAGGAGAGGAGGAUAGAAGAGCUGGCGUGGCAGAGGGAGGAGUAGGAGAGGAGGAUGGAGGAGCUGACGAGGGAGAGGGAGGAGCAAGAGAGUAAGAGGAUGGAGGAGCAGGUGAGGCAGAGGAAGGAGCAGGAGAGGAGGAUAAAGGAGAUGCGGGUGGAGCAUUAGCGACGGAUGAC